AUGGCUAGAUCUUGUUCAUAUGAUUGGGCUGGGAUUUGUAUAGGAGACUUGCAUAACAAAGGUUAUUUUAACGAGGCCUGUUUUAAAGAACAUGGUAAAUCUGGACUUCAUUACAUUAUCUAUGACGUUCUGAAGCGAACAAAGUUGACUACAGAAGUUUUUAAGACCAGAAAAUUCCAGGAAAACUUCCUACUGCAAACCAGAGAAGCUAACCGAGAUGUUUCUUUCGGAUAUUGCAUGGCUGCUUGCAUGGAAUUUCAUCGCUCUACCUUUUUUCCAACAAAUGCUGAUUUUACACAGUCAAUGAGGACAAGCUGCAACCAUUCGGGUGUUUUGUUAUCAAGAUUCAAAGAGUGGGUGGAAAGCUUUGAUGUUCACCAUGCUUCUCGCCAUUCUGAGAAAAGCUCUUUUCCAGACCAACUAAAGGCUGGUUGGUUUUGUAUGACAAAGGAGUUCUUUGCUAACCAAAGAAGGAAAGAAGUCAGAACAAUGCCUCUAGGGAAAAAAGGAAUCUUACAAGAUAAAAUCUCCAGCAAGGUCAUUUUCUCAUAUGAGAAAGGAGUGGAAAAAAUCAAGAAAGAUCUAAAAGUUAAGUUGUACGAAUGUUUUCCAGAUUUAAGGUACAAUAUCCUCGUUGAACAAAGUGGCACAAGUGAGUGA